UAUUAAAAAAAAAAAAUUUUAUUACUUACUUGCAAUUUAAAGUAAAAUAUAAUAAGAGAAAGAGGUAGAGAAGAAGAAUAACCAAAGCAUUAAAUGUGAAGGAGAAAAAUAUAAACACAACCAUUUAACUAUUGAUGGGAUAAGUUUCAGAAUUAUUUUGAGGAAGUUUUGGCCAGCCACUUCUAAAAUAAAAGGGCUUAGUAAAUAUAAAAAUUCAAAAUAAUUUCAAUAAAUUCAAAUCUAAAGUUGGAAUAAUUUGGAAUUGUUACCAAACUAAAACCAAUUUUCCUUUUUGGUUAAAAACAAAAAUAUUUUCUGAGUGGAAUAUAUGAAAAUGGAAGGUAAAUCGAAAAGUUGUUAUAUUGAAAUUGAUUCAUUACAAAAAUUUGGUGAAGCUAAAGAAAAUACACCAUUGCUAUUGGGAAAGAAUCAUCGUUCUUCAUUAUCAACAAAAUCACCAUCAAUUAAAAGUAGUGAUUCAGCUAGUGAAAUAACAAAUAAUGGUGAAAAUAAAAAUUUACCAUAUAAAAAAUUUCCAGUUCAUGAAAUUUUUAAUGCAAAAUUAUUUGCAAUUGGUUUAAUAUUAGCCUGUGGUUGCGGUAUUGCAUUAUAUUUGUUAGCUGUUGAGACUCGUAUACCAAAUGGUUAUGCUUUAGAUUUAGUUAGCCGAGAAGUAUGGAAUAAAAUUCCAACACAUAUUGGUUUUACAUCAUUAGGCAAAUCAAAAAUUUCAAAUAUACUUUUUUUACAAACAGGCAGUAUUGAAUGUUUUGAUACAGAAAGUUGCAUUAAUCUUUUACGCAAAAUGCAAGAAACAGAAAAUUUACUAAGAAAUAGUGAAAUUCCAUAUAAUUUUUUAAUUGGAAGUGAUGGUCAAACUUAUGAGAUUAGAGGUUGGAAAUAUAUGAAUGGAUUUAAAUUUGUACCAAAAGAAACAUCAUUGGUAAUUGGAUUUAUAGGAAAUUAUACUGUGAAAUCACCAUCAGAAAAUCAAUUAAGAAGUGCAUCUUCUUUAAUAAAUGAAACGAAAAGAUUGAAAAGAUUAGAUGAUCCUUUUCAAAUAUAUGGUGUUAGAAAUUUAACAAUAUCACAUUUAGAAGGUGAUGCAUUAUUUAAAAAAUUAUCAACAUGGCCAGAAUUUGAUACACUAUUAAAAGUUCUAUAA